UCGCCGGCUGAAAAUGGGAGCGUAGUUGUGUGUUGAAGCAGAGGGAGAAGGAGAAGACGACGGCUUCCAAUUUGAGAGAGAGAGAGACGCGCAAAGCAAACGAAUCGUCAAAGGAAUCAUACGAUCAAUAAAAUAAUAUUAGUUAAUAUUUUUAAGAUAAUAAAAACUCCAAAAUCAAAACCCAUAAAUAGAAAUAAAAAAUAUAUUACUACGCCAUUAACAGACUCCUCUUCUUUCUCACUUACACACACUCUCUCUCCUCUUUCUCUCUCUGGGUCUUGGUUCGUGUUUCGGUCUUCUUCUUCCGGUUGAUAUUGGUGUUAUUGUGCCCUAGAUCUUGAGACUUGAGAAAGUCAAUAAGGGGGGAGGAACGGGUUCUUGUUUCAGAUCUUUGACUGUUUUCGUCGAGAUUCAAAGAUCGCUCCGAGGUCCGACCACACUCAAUCGGGGAAUGGGAAAUUAAAUAGAAAUUGGAGAAAAAGCAGUUGAUGCGGUGAAUCCUUGGAUUCCUAGGGAAAUCAUUUGAAUUAGAUAAUUGUUCCCGUGAGUUGAUUAAGCAUUCUUGAUAGCUGUUAGAUGAGCAUCAGUAUCAUCUUGAGAUAAAAAUUGUAAUGCAUUUAUUUUAGAUGAAGACAGCUCAGGCUCAGGCGUGGCGUUUAGGCAUGACAGACAUGCAGAUCUUGCCUGGGCCUCGCCACCGGCCACCUAUGAAGAGGCCAUUAUGGAUUAUUGUAUUGGUUUCAAUGGUCAGCGUAUUCUUAAUAUGUGCUUACAUCUACCCACCACAUAGUAGUGCCGCCUGUUAUAUAUUUUCAUCACGAGGUUGUAAGGCUAUAAUUUCCGAUUGGCUCCCACCAGCUCCUAAAAGGGAAUAUAGUGACGAAGAGAUUGCAGCUCAUGUUGUAAUUAGAGAGAUUCUGAAUGCACCUCCUGUUCAAUCAGAAAAUCCUAAAGUAGCAUUUAUGUUCCUGACCCCCAAUUCAUUACCUUUUGAGAGGCUGUGGGAUAGAUUUUUCCAGGGUCAUGAAGGAAAAUUUUCUGUUUAUGUUCAUGCGUCCAAGGACAAACCAGUGCAUGUGAGCCGCCACUUUAUCGGUCGGGACAUUCACAGUGAUCAGGUUAUCUGGGGAAAGAUUUCCAUGGUUGAUGCAGAGAAACGAUUAUUGGCAAGUGCCCUCCAAGAUCCUAGUAACCAGCAUUUUGUCUUACUUUCUGAAAGUUGUGUACCUUUGUAUAGUUUUGACUACAUCUACGACUAUCUGAUUAAUACAAACAUCAGCUUUGUUGAUGCCUUUGAGGAUCCCGGUCCUCAUGGAAAUGGCAGGUAUUCAGAACACAUGUUACCUGAAAUUGAGAAGAAAGACUUCCGCAAGGGUGCACAGUGGUUCACAAUGAAGCGCCAGCAUGCUGUGAUAGUACUGGCAGACAAUCUUUACUACUCAAAAUUUCGGGAGUACUGCAGGCCAGGUUUGGAGGGGCACAAUUGUAUUGCUGAUGAACAUUACUUGCCAACCUUUUUCAACUUGGUUGAUGCGGGUGGCAUUGCCAAUUGGUCAGUAACUCAUGUUGAUUGGUCUGAGAGAAAAUGGCACCCAAAGUCUUACAGGGCUCAGGAUAUUACCAAUGAGCUUCUAAAGAAUAUAACGUCGGUCGAAGUGAGUGUGCAUGUUACUAGUGAUGAAAAGAAGGUAGUGCAGAAAUGGCCUUGCUUAUGGAAUGGUGUGCGACGGCCGUGUUACCUAUUUGCACGGAAGUUCAUGCCAGAUGCUCUAGAUAACUUAUUGCACCAUUUUGCCAAUUAUACAACGAUUUGAGCACGAUAUUUUUGACUAUAUUCUUUGGUCGGAUUGGCUGAUGCUUUCGACCCAAUUUGCUCCGUCUUGGUUUGCCGUAUAGCUUUUAAAGAUGUAAAUGGCCAAAUUAUUGAGGCAUGAUUUCCCCCUACCACAAUUGUUGAGUGCAAAAGGGCAACUAGCAGAGCAAUCAGUUAGCUAGGGUGACCUGAGUCAGGAAGGAUGCUAACAAGGUUAGAGUUGCUUCUUGAGAAUGGGUGACUUCUUGUCUCUAUGACCCCUCCGUUUUGGGUUUUGGGCUAUCUUUGUACUAGCUUUAAGAAGAGAAUUUUUUUGGGGAAACACCUUUUUUUUUUUAUUUUUUUUAUUUUUAAGUUUGGUCUUUUGUAAUAGAUGGAAAAUGUGAAGUUGCAAAUAUAACAAAACAAUAGCUCCCUGAAAUUCGUGCUUCAGUUCUCAAAUUUCUGUGUCAACCAGUGUGCUUAUGGAUGAAACUGUAGAACAUCGGCAUUUAUAAUUUAACCCAAGAACAUUUAACUUGUA